AUGUUCUCCAGAUCGCUUUUACAGAGAUGUGCUAGAUCUCCAGCCCAGCAAUUGACCCAAAUGAUGGUGCCAAAAAGAUCCUUCCAAAGGUCAGCUAUGUUGUUAAGUGGAAAUUUAUCGGAAAAGAUUUAUGGUGUUCCUCAAGAAGGUGUUUAUUCAAAUUUACCUUUCAAGGUUAAAAACAGAAAGUUUAUCCCAUUCGCAGUAUGGUACUGGGGCGUAUUGGGUUUUUUCUUUGCCUUUCCAUUCUUGAGCACUGCAUGGCUGAUGUACAAGUCCGGUGCUUUGAAAAGAUCAUCGGCUUAA